GUUGAGACACUUGUGAUUAAGGCUCAGAUCUCAGCAUGUGGGGUGACAAGCCUACGUUUCCCUGUGCUUACAUGAUGAAUAUAUAGAUUAACCUACGAAGAUUCGUAACCAACUGUUCAUUACAUAGUAGGGGAAUAAAUAAAUCUAGAUUUAUUUUUGGGGUAAAUGACAACUAUGCUAUUGUGUUGUGGCUAUUAAAGAUGUAAUGUUUGGUUGGUUCACGAAUCUUAAUUUUCCGUCAAUGUUUAUAUAUAUAUAUAGCACCCUCAUUGUAUCAAUAACUAUGGCAUCCCCUCAAACCCCAAACCAGCUGCCUUUCAGCACUGAUAUCUGUCACACUGCGGGUAUCAGUCCCUACCUUCCUAAAGAUAUGAUACCAAGUGUAGAAUUUAGCAUUGAAGUAUCAAACCUUUUCUUAAAAGAGCUGGAACAGGUGAAAUGUACACAUCCAGAUCUUUCUUACAUCUGCAUUGUCAAUACGCAGUUGACAGCAAUGAAACUAUUGCAGCGUGACAGAUUAGAACAACAUUUUCGGCGUAUUUGUUCAGAGGUCUGUUUAAAGGUUCGCAGAACAAAUUCAGGGGCAAUUAGAAAGAAAUACGUAGCAAACAAACGUAGGAUAGCAAUUUUUAGGCACGAAACUGAGAGUCACUUUGAAUUGGCAGAUCAACUUGAGAGAUGCAAACUUGAGCUUGUAGAAUUAGAGUCUCGUUGUUCACAGAUUUGUGGCCAGCUGCAGGCCCAUAUGAUAGAUACACCAUCAGUUGGCACUUUCAGAAAGGAUUGGGAAGAUAUAGGUGCAAGACAAUCUGGUAGAAGAUUAUCCUUAGUGAAGGACGAGGUGAAGAAGGUUUUGUCAUUCCUCAAUGAAAUGGGAUUGAACCCGAGAUCACUGUCACUUGAGAUAAGAGGGAAGUCUCUAACCAUGGAUAUAGGUCAGGAUGCUCUUUCAUAUCAAGAGUUAGACGAGGACAGGCGGGAUAAACUUCGGGGGUUAGUGGCCAUAUUGGAUAAAUAUGGGAUUAGCGAUGCCGCAUACCAUGAGCUCAGCCAAGCAUUUUGUAAUCUACCUCGAACACACACUGUGGUCAGUGAAAGGGAAGAAAUAUCUCAGUUUAACAUCAGACGAGUUCCUGGAAAUAUAGUAGGGGCAUAUGUCAGUUUCAAGGAAGAUCUUCAAAAUAUACUUGGUGAAAAACUGAAAGCAAACCCGUCUAAAAAAGAGUUUACUGUUAAGAUAGGGGGGGAUGGAACAAGGGCAAACAAAGCCUUCCACAUGAUGAGGACAUUCCUCCAGACGCUAGUGAAACAAGCCAGUGCAGAUGCUGACCUUCUCAUUGUACAAGCAGGUAUUGAUUGUGCUAAUAAUGGGAACAAAGCCAUUGUUGUUGGGACAUGGAAGAAGGGCUUGGAAGAAGUCUCCCACCAAAUGAAUGGGGAUGGCAAACUGUUUGUGGCCAGCUCAAGCCAGUAA